CUUGUUACAUUACAUUUCUCGAUUAUUAUUUCCUUGCAUAGUAAACAUACAAUUAAAUAAUCCUUUUGUCAAUUUUUUUGUGUUGCUUUUACCAGUCGUAAGUGUAACAUCAAAGGUAAUACUUUCUCGUUUAUUUUAUAAUAUCUUUACGGAAAAGACAGUAAUGGCUGAUCCUCGUAUUAAGACACUAAAGAUCAAAACCGGAGUAGUGAAAAGAUUAACAAAAGAGAAACUUAUGUAUAUACUAGAAACAGAACAACAACAGGAAAAGGUUGAGAAAUUGAAAAAGGCUGGAAUUGAUGAGAAUACUUUUAAGAAGCAAGAAGAAGUACUUAGGGAGUCACAGAUGAUGAUCCCAGACACUCAAAGAAGAUUAAAAGCUGCAUUUGAAGAUUUGAAGAGUGUUAUAGCUGAUUGUGAAGAACUAAAAGAAGAACAAGAUUAUUUAAACGCUCAAAAGUUUUUAGCUGAAGCUGAAAAAGAAAUUAAUUAAUCAAUUUCUUUAAUUUAACAUUUUUAUACAUUUAAAACACUAACAUUUUUUUCCUUUAUUAAAAUUAUUAUUAAAACUUUUUUAUUAUAUUAAAAUGUCUGAACAAAAUAUUCAUAGUAACAUAUAUUCUGAGGCGAAUGCUAACAAUUUCUGGUUAACAUGUCCUCCACCUCCUUUUACUACGCCUCCACCCAUUCAAUCAAUGUAUAAUUUAGAUUUUGUUCACCCACAUCUAUCUCCGUGUAAUCAGCCAGCACAAAACUAUUGUAUGCCUUAUGGUAGCAAUAUUAGUAAUCAAUACUAUCAAGACCAAUAUGUACCAUCUAAUCAGAAUAUAAGCAAUUUAUUUUCGUCUCUUCCGGACAAUAUUGAUGAAGAAUACAUUCUUAAAUAUGUAUGCCCUAUACCAAAAGCUUUAAAAGACGCAACUAGUAUUUGGAUCGAAAAGUGGUUAGCCGGCAAAGAAAAAGAUUUUACAAUUAAGAACGUGAAAUCAACAAAUGUAGUAGAGAUUAACCAAAUCAGCAAUAAUGUCAAAGAAUGUAAACAUUUAUUAGAAAUCAUGGGUAAAAAAAAAAUAUUUAUGGAGCAGAAUGUAUCAACUAUGACGGAAGCUGAAUGGAAAAAAGCAUGUUCUGAUUUAAUCUUGGAUAAAAACUGCUUGGAUACCAUAAUAAAAAAGUUACAUCUUGAUACUGACUCAAUGUCUGAAUUAAAAUUUCAAUUAGCCAAAAGAAAGAAAAAAAGGAAUAGAUUAAAGAGAUUUAAAUCUAACCUAAAAAUAAUUAAAUCUCAACAAAAAGAUGAAAUAAGAGAAAUAAACAGAAAGAUUGAUGCUUGGCAAAAUACAUUAAAAGAAAAUAUAUUAAAAGAAAAAAGAGUUAACGAAACUAAAACAGAAGCCAACAUUGUCUUGAAAAGGGUUAGAGAAAAAAUUGAAGAUGCUAAAGAUCAGAUAUCAUUGUUGGAUAAUUUAGAAAAAUUAAGAAAAUCUAGACUUUUAAACUGUGUGAACCAAAGAAAAAAUCCACUUUUUGAAAAUUCCCUAAAAAAACUAAAAAUACUUUGGCAGCAGAAACUAACAGACUACAAUAAAGAAGAAGAAGAAUUGAAAAAUAUGCUUACUGAAGCUGAAGCAAAAAAACACGAAAGACGGGAAAUUGAAAUUCAAAAAAAGUUUGCAGAAUGGGAUCAUAUACUGUUUGGGCCAAAUUUUAGUUCCCAUGAAAUGGUGUUUGAUAACUAUACAUUCCUCGAAAUACGGAGAGGCUGGGAUAAAUAUGUUGUCGAUGAAAAUGAAAUAUCAGAAUCUAGCAGUAUUCCUUUGGGUUGGAUUUUACCUGUAGUACCUUGUAAUACUGAUUGGGCUAAAUAUUCCAAUAACCCUAAUGUAUUGUAAUAAUAAUUGUAAUAAAUAAUGCACACUUAUUAAUUUUUAAAAAAGAAUUAUUUUUUAUCA